AUGUUCUGGUUUUACUACGGGAUGGGUCUGAUUUGUGACGUGCUUAUAGGAGCUGAUGACAGUUCCAGUUAUGCAGCUGUCCAGCUCGUGUUGGUCGGAGCACUGGGAGUGACGGCAUACCGGGGACAUCCUUCGGUGCGCGGGUCAGAUAGCGAUAGUUUUCGAACGAUCGCCACUGGUUCGUACAGUCUUCUACAACAGACUCAAUCACCAAAGGAUGUAAACGUGAGCAAGUCAGCCUACAAGUCACGUGAACCCUCAUUGCCUACAGCUCGUGGAUUUUCCCUUCAAUCGACCACGGCGCAACCUACGCAGAGCAGCACCAGCCUUUUAUCGUCUGUGACAGCUCAAAGUUUCACUGAGAAAGCUGUUGAGAGCACCCUAGUGACAGCGGUGCUAGCAGAUACCGAAACGGCAAUGGAAAUUUUCCCGGUGUACUCCCCAAGGCACCGGUCUGCUGCUGCAUGGUUGGUAGAACACAGGAAAAACAAG